UCAAAAAAAUUAAAUAGUAAAAUUAGUCUUAAAUCACAUAUGCGUAAACAUGAAAAGGAAAAAUCUAUGGAAAAACAUAUUUGUGAAUUUUGUGGGGACAGUUUUGAUAAAUCGGUACAAUUGAAAAAACAUAAAUUAGAAUAUCAUUCUGAUGAAAUAUCAGUGGUACCUCUGUCUGCAAAUCAAAUUACAGAAGAACAAAUACCGCCAUCUACAUUAAAUACCGCAGUGCCCGAUACCACUUCAAUUAAAGAUGAAGAGGAUGAAUUCAAAGAGGAAAGUGAUAAUGAUGAUGAUCCAGAUUUUGAAAUUGGUGAUGAAGAAAAUGCUGGUAAAACCCGAUCAAGUAAAAAACGUGGUGGUGACACUAACGGAUUUGAAUGUGUUGACUGUCAUAAAUUUUUAUCAAGUUACAAAGGUUUACAAGUACAUCGCCGUAGACACACUGGGAAAAAUUUAGCACAAUGUUAUCUGUGUAUAAAAUCAUUUACGAAACCAAGUUACUUAAAACGUCAUUUAUUAACGCAUGGCGUUGAUAGUGCAACCUACGAUGAAAUGAAAAGUGAAUCAAAGUUGAAAUUAAGUUUUCAAUGUGAAUUUUGUGAUAGAAAAUUUGUAUAUAAAAAAAGUUUUUCACAUCAUAUGAAAACAGAACAUGCUAUAUCUGAAGAUGACGAUGAAUUACAGUCAGAUGUUGUUUUAAAAACAGAAAAUGAAUGUUUAGAAACCAAUGGUGAUACUAUAGUGGAAAAUCAAAAUCAUUCACUACAAGAUCCAAGUAUAGAAGAUAUAAUGGAUCAAGACGGUGAAGAAUAUGAUGGACAAGAAUAUGAAUGUCAUGUGUGUAAUCAUAAAUUUUCAAGAGCAAAUCAUUUGACACGACAUAUGACAUUACAUCGUAAUGUUUUAAUACAUAAAUGUAACCAAUGUGAAAAAGCUUAUUUAACUGAUGAACAUUUACAAAAACAUAUUGAAGAAAGUCAUAAUCAAAAACUUUAUAUGUGCAAUAGUUGUAAUAAACCAUUUGUCCGUGGUGAACAUUUAAUUCGCCAUUUAAAAGUUCAUCAUGAAAAAGAUGCAAUUCCGGAAUCAGGGACGUAUUUGAAAUGUUCUAUUUGUGAUAAAAUUUUUAAUAGUAGUGAUACUUUAGCUAAGCAUAUUAAACAGCAUUUAAUGAAAGAUAAACGACAUGUGUGUGAAGUAUGUAACAAAGCAUUUAAUCGAUUAGAUAAUUUACGUACACAUCAAAGGGUACAUACAAAAAUAAAAGAUCCAGGACGCCUACAUUUAUGUAUAUAUUGUGGUAAAGAAUUUAACAAUUCUAGUAAUAUGAUUGUACAUAUGCGUCGUCAUACGGGCGAACGUCCAUACAAAUGCAAUGUUUGUGGGAAAGGUUUUCCACGAUCACAUGAUUUAAAAUGUCAUCAACGUACACAUUCCGGAGAAAGACCAUAUCUAUGCACUUUAUGUGGAAAAUCAUUUAAUAAAAGUAAUAAAUUGGUUCGCCAUACACGUGUGCAUACUGGGGAGCGUCCAUACGUAUGCAACUUAUGUGGUCGGGCAUUUACACAAUCAAACGAUUUAGCUUUACAUAUGCGUCGCCAUACAGGUUCUCGUCCAUAUGCAUGCACUGUGUGUCCAGCACGCUUCAUACAAUCGGGUCAAUUAAAAGCACAUCGACGUUCAACUGGUCACUGGGUCGAACAAGAAGUGCAAUUUCGUGGUAAUCGUGUUGAACCGGUACAUAUUGAAGGCUUUGUUGAAACUCCAAUAAAAUAUCGUAAACAACGUAGUACAACAAAUAAUAUGUUAACCAAUAUUAUUCAAACUCCUACAUCAUCAACCGCACCAACAGUGCCAUCAUCUGUAAAUCAAAUAAUAAUACGCGAUUUAAGUAUGUUAACAAAUAACACAACAUCUGAUUCAACGAAUUCAGUUGGAACAUUUAUACCAUUAGCGACAACAAUUAGUACAACUGUAGCAGCUGCAGCUGUAUUACGUGAAGCGGUUUCAACAAACAACCAACAUCGUGCUGAUAAUAAUAAUAGUGAUCCAUCAUUUCAAAAUUCUAAUUCAACUGGUAGUUAUCAACAAAAUAAUUCAAUUCCAACCACAUCAUCAACAGCAUCAUUUACCACCACCAACGAUACAUUUAAUCUUUUUUAUUUAGAUAAUAGUAUUGCAGAUUCCAGAAAAUAA